AGAUUGCCUAACCAUGAAUGAAAUGCUACACAAUGUCACUAAUCCUCACAGCCCUGCUGAUUGCAAUUUCGUCUACUUCUGGUAGCUUCAGCGCAAUCGACCAAAGCGCACCAUUGGUGGUGGUAAAUAAUCGACCUGAAGGACGAUGUGUUGGCAGAUUUGCACCUGUACUGGCCAUCUUGAAGAAUGGAAGUAAGGUGCUCGAGAGUAUCCCGGAUUUACCCGAGCCCCUACCGGCUUGUCGAAUGGCUUGCUUGCUUCAUUAUGCUUGUUGGGGUUUUGCACCGAAAACGGAAGAAAAUCAGACCAACGUGUGUGAACUAUACCCGAAGGGAGCAAUUGAGGAAAGUCCAAGCGGACAGCUUGCCUAUCAGUGGAAGUGCGACGAGAAUAGUCCAGCUUGCAUUUCAGUCAACAAAUCACGAUGUACGGGCUACUGGGUUCGAGAAACCAAACUUUCAUUGACCAUAGAAAUACUUCAAAAGUGGAACGUGACACACAACCUAACUCCGGAUGCCGGUCAAGCACGGAAGGAUCAGUGUCCUCCAAUAAUGCAAACAGGUGUGGGUUCAUUCGAGUGCAGAAAUUUGUGUCAGGAGAACCGUCAUUGUACCACAGCCAUCUAUUUCGACUCCAGUGGACCAUUUACUGUGGUGAUUCCCAGGGGAUGCAUUCUUCAAGAUGUCAAUCAGCCAUACCCAGAGUAUAAAGAUGAACAAUCAGUGCAGUUACCUCCUAGUCCACUGCCAGACCUGAGUCGCAAACUUCGACAAACCCUUCGAGCAAUGCCAGUAUCUUGGUUCAGCACUUAUCCACCUUUCUACGUUUACUGGGUUUGUUGCGAGAACUGGUGGACGCAGGUUAAUUUUCAAGGGUACGAAAAGAGCGAAGAGCUUCGCUGGUGUACUCCGCAACAACGGAUGACAAAAAACAGAAACAAAGCGGUACACCUGGAACCAGAUUCAUUAGCCAGCUGGAUAUACAAAUGUGCCUGGAGAGGAAUCUGGAGGCUAAAUAAGGACGCUAGUUCAAAAGUUUUCCCUCAGUUGGAUUCGUACUUGAACAGCGUCGUACCUCGUGAAAGCCUCGUGAAUGAAACCAAGGUCGUUAUUGUCGCUCAGUUUUAUUCCCAGGAUCCUCUCAACUGCCCCGAAGAAUGUAUAAGUAACCUCUGUUGUCUGCGACCUAUCUACAUUGUCAAACUUUGGAAGUGCAUUCUUUUUGGGGCGACGGAUGGUCCUUCUGUGUGCACCAAACAGUAUCGUGGGGAAUACGAAUGGGGAGAUCUGGUUCCACUCGAUUCGCUCCAGUUACCGAACCACACCGUUUUGGUAUGGGACUACAGUUGUUGUCAGCUGCCAUCGGUGGACACGAGGCCUAAUCAAUUCCAAAAUACAUCCCCGGAAGGUCAGUCAAGAUCUACACCGCCGGAUUUGUACACACCUUGCCAAUGUAGCAAUGAAAACGGAAAUGCGAAGGUUUUCUUACAAACAGAAAAUGAGCUACAAUGUGACAGAUCACGUCUGGAAGGGACCACCCCUAUUCCACUCAUGAAGAAUGUAUAUCCACCCUCUGCAUUUGUGCUGGAUCGGACAAGAGAUAUUGUUUUCAAGACGGAUGAAGCGAUGACAUCACAAUCAGGAACAAGUAUCCCCUUGGAAAAGUAUUACCAAAAAGGCGAAUACAUCGGACGGACGUGGCUUCCUGUGAUCACUCCCUUCUACAUCGGAAUGGUGUUGUGGGGAGGGCCGAUAAGCCAGCUGCACAACUGUUCCGUUUUGAAUUGCAGAGUUCAUGUUGACUACGACUUUGGACUCAGUGAGGAUGACGUCGACAUACAGAGUUCUCCAGAAACAAAUAGAAUACCCCUAACUCCCGAAGAAGACUCGAUCGAGAUUGUAAACCCGGACCAAUGGUAUCAGCCAACGUGUACCAAACAAAAAGAAUACGACCGGUUCAAUUUAACUACCCCCAUUCCGUUUGUUGUUUUGCACGAUACAGCUCCGGGGUAUUCGUAUGCAUACGUUCCAAGGGGACGGUGUUUCACCCGGACAACAUGUGAGCAUAUUCUCCGAUCUAUUUCGCUCUACUACAUGUCAAUAGGUGAUUUGGGGACUCCAUUUAACUACAUAAUCAGCCAUGAUGGGACAAUCUAUCAGGGCCGAGGUGCGGAAUUUGUGGGAGCUCACACACUUGGUUUCAAUGACGUAUCGUUUGGCAUCGCAUUCAUCGGAUGGUACCCAUUCAGUGUACCUUCUUCCAAAGCGAUUCAAGCAUUUUGGCGUUUAAUCAAAUGGCUACAAACAAUCGGACGAUUAUCGAAAAAAUUCUACCUGUACGGUCAUCGGGACUUACGCUCAGGUGAGAGUCCUGGAUUGGCUUUGAGCCACCUAUUACACACCUGGCCUGGAACAGCCGAAAGAGACGAAUAUGACAAGGCGAACGAACUGUGCAGAAAUCCAUCUGGAAUACCAGAAAAAACGUUAGAAUUCCUCAUCACUGGGCUCGUUGCCGGUUUGAUUGUGGCAGCUGUUAUAGUUUUCCUCAACCUCUAUCACAAAAGGAAGCAGAACAUUGUGAUGCAUACAGAAGACUGCCAGCGGCUAUCCGAAGUCUGCCGCCGAUUGGAAACUUUACAUGUUUUGUACAUAACUGGCGAAAAACCAAAGGGCAGUGAAAUCACAGAACUGUAUUGCGAUUCUAGUGUCUACGACACUGACAAACAACACGUUUUAUCCAAUUCACAAUCAUAUGGCUCUUUUGAGACCGUCCGUUCAACCAACUUGUUUGACUGUGAUGAACCAUCUGUAUAUGAACAUGCUGGAAGGAAAGAAAACUUAGACAUCAAUGCCCCACGGUCACAUGACAAACUGUUCGGUCGUCCGCUGUGCGUCAUCGAUCCACGGCAAUGGCCCGAAGAGUACUGCAUCCCAGUCAAAGCUAGUCUCAUUUUCGUCAUAGCACGUGACCUACAGAGGCCAGAACUAAGCAGACAGAUGGACCAGUUAACUAUUUUCUGCCAAACAUGGAAAGAAAUUCUGAUCAAACACAACAUUCUGCCUCGACUGUUCUCAGCAAGUUUGCAUGCACUUGUUGAGCAGUUGGGUUUAAGUCGUUCAGCGCCGUCCGUACACCUUACCCUUCUCAUUAAAUUGCCCACUUACGUUCUUCUGGCCUAUUCCAAAACAACCAUGGAAAAAGAAAGUGAAUUUUUCACCACUGUAUUGUCCGACACCUCUGCAGUAACCACAUUAAACUCCGCUCCAACACACUGUCUUAUUGGUUCGAGCAACCUGUGUCAAAAAUGUGAGUUGUGUCGCCCACUUGCUCCCUUCCGCUUGAAUUCAACACAGAAACCAAGCACACACGACUUUGUGCAGAUUGAAGAAUGGGCUUCAUUCAAUCAAAAACAAAGGGUUCACACAAAGCUGUUAGAACCUUACGAAGGUGGAGUGGCUGAGUUCCACGACUAUCGGGCAGUUCGACACAGCGAGUGCUUGAGAGAAAUCAGGAGGAAACCUCGUGCAACAUGAAGACAUAUUUAUCACUUUCGGGUAAAAUGUCCGAAAAUUUGUUGGUUCACCACAACGCUUUAUCUCUUUACUCAUGUGUCUCGCGGAUUUUUUUACUCAAAUGUAAUGUCAUCGCCAUUGGCUGGCUUAAAAAUUUGAUGCUUGCCUCAUUUCUGAAAAGAAAGCAAGUCGCUUCCUGAUUGUUUGCUUAUAGUCUUGAGGGAAUCAAACCCAAAUAGCCUUCUUUGCUGUGAUCUUUUACAAGCAAGCCAAAUAAUU